AUGCUGAUGCCAGCCUACCUCCUGCUGCUGCUGCUGCUGCUCCCAGGAAUCCCACAGCCUGGCCUCUCCCAGAAGUUCCACCCAGGAAAGUCCUUCUUCAGCUGCAUCAACACAGCCCUGUGGGAGGCCCGGCGGAGCCCGCUGGAGGAUGCACCGCUGCUGAGCAAGAGAGGCUUCCCCUACCUGCCCAGCCAAGACCCAUCCUCAGGGGAGGACGAGGAGAAGGAGGAGGAGGAAGAGGACAAGAAGAAGAGGACCUUCCCAGGCUUCGGGAGUGGCAACGGAGCCGUAAGCACCCGGUACAAAUACCUGUCUCCAGCUCAGCUCAAGGGGAGGCUGCACCAGGACAAGGCCAAGAGUGAUCGGCGCACCAAGUUCACUCUGUCCCUCGAUGUCCCCACUAACAUCAUGAACAUCCUCUUCAACAUCGCCAAGGCCAAGAACUUGCAGGCCAAGGCAGCUGCCAACGCACACCUGAUGGCACAGAUUGGGCGUAAGAAGUAG